GCAGCUCAGCUCCGUGCGCACAGAUGCUGGAGUGGGACAUCGAAGACCGGAGACGGGCGGAGAAGAUCAACCCGGUUUGCGUCCGUCUGGAAGCCUCAGACCGCGGGCAACGAUGCUCAGACUGAGUCCCUCCGCGGGCAGCAGGACUUAAAAAAGCUGCGGUCCAUCCACCGGGACACUUUCUACUCUCGAGACAAGAACCCAGGCACUCGUCCUCCAGCUCUUUGGCUCUCUCACCUCAGUUCUGACGGAGAGUCUGUAGGUUUCCUUUCAGCGCGAUGUGGAAGACCGGCAUCCUCCUGCUGCUGUGGGUGUUUUUGGCGUCCGGAGAACUCCAACAAGAGCCGGAGCUGCGGAGACUGCCACCCCCGGGAAAGUUGGAUUUCGGUUAUGUGCCUGCGGGAGUUUACGAGACUCUGGCCCAUUACGAACCGGGACCGAUAGGGAUCCUGUUCCACAUGGUGCACGCUUUCCUCUACGUGGUGCAACCCAACGCUUUCCCGCAAGAUCUGAUUGUCAAACUGACAAAGGACAAGUUUGGAGCCAUUCAGACGGAAUACCAAAAGCCAGAGAACAUAGUGCUGACCCUUCAGGCCAUCUACUACGAGAUAGGCUUCCUAGUAUGUGCAGCGGUUGGCCUGCUGUUCGCCGUUCUGGUGCCGAUAAUGGGCAUCUUCUUCUGCAUGUGCCGCUGCUGUGACAACUGCGGCGGCGAGAUGCACCAGCGCCAGAGGAAGAACGCAGAUUGCCAGCGUGGUCUGCUGGGAACGCUGCUCUUCGCCACCUCACUGGUCAUCACGAUCGGAGUGCUGUGUGCAUACGCUGCCAACCAGAACCUGAGCUCUCAGGUGAAGAACAUACGGAGGCUGGUCAACAGCAACAUGAGGGACCUGCACACCUUCGCUAACGACACGCCAAUGCAAAUUGAUUACCUAAUAUCCCAAUACGCCACCGCCAAGAACAAAGUCAUCUACGACCUAGAUAAUAUAGGUCCAUUAUUGGGUGGAAGGAUACACGAUCAGUUGGAUAAGGAGGUCCGUCCUGCCUUGGACAGAGUGCUCAAUAUGGCUGGAGCCAUGCGAGAAACCAAGGAGGCCCUUGAGAACGUCAAUGUGGGUCUGGAGGUCCUCCAGGAAGGAGCGGGGAAGCUCAACUUCAACUUGAGUCUGGUCCGGACCAGUAUCAACCGGACCCUCAACGACCGGGGCUGCCACGACGAGGAGUCAGACGCCACAUCUGCCCAGCUGUGCCGCAACAUCCGCCAGUCACUGUCCCAGCUGCAGAUCGGCGCCAACUAUACACGGCUACCCAAGGUGAAUGCUCAGCUGAAAAAGAUGAACGACGUUUUGAGAACAGACCUCAGUGCUAUCGUCCAGAUGGGCUACGCCUCUUUAAACGACACGCCACAUAUGGUGGUGGAACAGACCAGAAGUCUUGUGGAGAGUGUACAGAGUCUGGUGGACGGCAUUGGCAAUAACAUCAGCAGCUUUUCCAAGGUAUUCCCUGUGCAGAGCUCCCUGUCCAACUUCACUAUCUUCAUAAGCCAUGCCCACGCCAAGAUUGAGGACUACUACCCUGAAAUAGACAAGAUGGACUUCUACAGGUGGAUCGGCUGCAUUGCUCUUUGCUGCAUGGUGGUCCUCGUCCUGGCCUUCAACUACCUGGGCCUGCUGUGUGGCACGAUGGGAUACGACAAGCACGCCUCACCUACGACGCGAGGCUGCAUCUCCAACACGGGAGGAACGAUGCUCAUGGCCGGCGUUGGGUUUACCGUCAUCUUCUCGUGGGUGCUGAUGGGAGUGGUGACCACCAUCUUCCUGGCUGGAGGAAACAUGGAGAAACUGUUUUGUGAACCCUUCCACACCAAAGAAGUCUUCAAGGUUGUGGACACCCCAUAUCUGGUCAACCCUGACUGGAAGAACUUCAUCCCUGGCUACAUGUACAACGACUCCGACCUGGAGCUGACGGCAGAGAGCUUGUACAGUACUUGCAAAGAGAACAAAGGCAUCUACUCGGCCAUGCGCCUGGACAAAGUCUUCAACAUCUCCUUGUUCCUGAACACUACAGUGUUUACGAAGGAUGUGGUGAGUCAGCUGGACAGCAUCAAGAUCGACCUGAGGGGAAUAAUCCUGUUAGAGGCAGAGGGGAAGCAGAACCUUCUGGAUUUCUCUGAAGCAGGGCUGUCAGAAAUCAACUACGCAGACUACCUGGAAGAGGUCAACAAAGGAGUCACUGUGAUGGACCUGCUCUCAUUUGCCAGAGAGCUGGAGGCCCAGACAGACCUCAUGCCCAGAGGCGCUCUGCAGACCGCUCUGAAAGGGCACGCCGGCACUCUGCGGCAGAUCCACACUCAACAGAUCAUCUCCAUGGAGCAGGCCAUGAAAUAUGUUAGAGCGAGGAGUGCGUUGAACCAGAGUAUGAGGUUCCUGGAAAGAACAGCCACAGACCUGCCAAACAAAGUUUUAGCAGUUCUUGAUGCUAUUGAAGCUGCCCAGUACCUCAUCUCCCACAAUGCAACACAGUUAACCAAUCGGGAAACGGGAAAAUACACAGCGACCAUUGUUGGCUACUUCCAUCAAUACAUAGAAUGGGUCAAAACAUCAUUGGCGAUGGAGGUCGCACCAUGCAAGCCCUUCAGCAACAUGCUGGACACGGCGGAGAUCAUUACGUGCAGUUUCUUGGUCGACUCCAUGAACACCUUCUGGCUGGGCCUGGGCUGCAGCACUCUGUUCCUCCUCCCCAGCAUCAUCCUCGCAGUGAAACUAGCCAAGUUCUACCGCAGGAUGGACACAGAGGAUGUUUACGAUGAUUCCUCUGUUUCUGGGACUUGGCAUUUUACUUUGUGAUAACCAUUUCUACUAUUUCCAUCUUCCAUAUCUUUAUUUUGUUGGUUACAUUCCUCUCUGUCAAGCACUUGGCACUUUACAAAGAAACAUUGACGCAUCUGUCAAUCUAUAUUUCUCCUUCAUGGACCCUUUGUCCACUAAAUCACGGCUUUACAACACAAAUACAACGUAUUGUCUCCAUCAGUGGCGUCUCUCGUCAUGUGAUCUGUGCUGGGUUACAACUUUAUGGUGCAUUUCUAUCGCUGGACAUUUUCAAUAACAUUUUUAUGUUGGUUUUUUGUUUUGUGUGUAUCUUUAUAGCAUUGAGACAAUUCCCAUGAAAACGUAAGACAUUCAAUCCACGUCCUCUCUCCUCUUCAACUUCUAUCACUCUGUGCUUUUCUCUGGAUCUUGUACAUAGACUUGUUUACUAAAUUAUUGGUGCUGGUUUACGUUUUUAAGCUUGGUAUUGCUCCUAUGGGUGGAUGCUGUGGCUUCUUGUCGUGUGCUACCUGUGAAAAGUGCCCCUUACCUUUCAUGAAGGGCUCUUGCAAUCAUUAUCCUACAAGUCCACCUGUCUUUUGUAAGUUAGUGUAAAUAAAACACUAUGGUUUAUACUCAAAACAAUAUUUAUCUCUUAACAUUCUUGACAAGUUUGACUACUGAAAAAGAAAGCAUUUAUACUCGGAAACCGAUCAGCAUGUCUCCCUCAUUACACUUUUCAUCCCCUUGUUUGUAUACGAUAUUUUGUUUUCAGUAUGGAAAUUGGUAAUAAUGGUUAUCAUAGUGAGAGCCAACAAGGUAUCCCAAACCCUAUGAUGACAAGGUAAACAUACAUAUAAUAAUCCUGUUACUGCAUGUUAUGGGAGGUGGAGGCAUGCUAUGGGACGUGGGCUUGUUCACCUGCAAAAUGAUGACGUCGAACAGUGCAUGCCUUUGAAGGAGUUGAUUCAUUGCACAUGGACAGACACACACACACACACACACACUAUAUAUAUGUGGAGGCCAGCCAACUGAACAAUAAUGAGAAAGCUGACAAGUACUGGUAGCUUUUAUGGUAUAAGAUAUGACAGAUAGGUCCAGAAAUAAUUUGAAAAAGUUUGAAAUAGACAUAUUUGCUGUCUUUGCAACUUGUAAAAUACCAAAGCUUGGUCAGUGGCCCUACACCUCACACUAUUUACCCCUCUAGCAUCAGUUUUUUAGAUACGUUUUAGGUUUACUUACAAAACUGCUCGGUUAGGCCUCGGAAAAGAUUGUGGUUUUGGUUAAAAUAGCUGAAAGCCCGCUGCAUGUCAAGGGAGCCUCGAUGCGUCGGUUUCAGACGCAGAGGGCCACUGACCAAGACGCGUUGGGAGUGAGAACGGGUUUGUGUUUGAGAGAAUUAGCGAAAAGAUUGGUACCACUCUCAUGUUUGUGUGUUAGAGUAUGGAGUUAGAGUUAGGAGGUGAUGAGUUUACCAUAAAGACUGGUGUGAUUUACUUUUGUAAACUCUUUACUCAGUCCGCCUACGAUUACUUCUCUCUGUCUUCCUGCCAGAUGUUCUGCUGUGUGGUUUAUGGGGGAUCUGUUUCACUAAACUACUGCAUGUUCUGUGUGUGCAUGUGAAUGAAAAAUCAUCCUGUUUCUUCUCAUUUAGAGUCAGCCAAAGUCCGUCGAAUGUACACCUGAUCAUUUUGUUCAGAGAGAGGCAAGCAUGCAAAGCUUUGGUGUGAUGCUGUGAAUGAUGCU